AUGAACCCCUCUAUCUCCUUGUGCUGCAGGGUCCGGCCUGCUAUAAGGGCUGCCACCCCAUCUCGCCGCUAUGCAUCAACUUCCGCAUCCCCUAAGUUCGCGAAGAACCGCUGGCUAGGAUUUGCCCUCGUGAGCGCCGCGGCCGCAGGCGCCGGCGCAUACAUUCGAUCGCAGGGCCCUCAUUCAGGAACUUUGAACCCAGACACAUUCACCAAGUACAGCCUUGUAUCCAGAGAGCCCGUGUCCGCGACGAGCAGCCUGUUCACUCUUCGCCCACGAUACCCCAGCGAUAGCAACUACGAUGUGUACGAAGACGCCUGGCGAACCGGAGUAUGGAGUGUGAUGUUCAAGCAGCCCCAGCUGCAGAUUGGCCGUGAUUAUACACCUUUGCCGACGACGGCAGCUACAUCAUUAAGUGUGGACGAGGAGAACGAGGGCUACCUGCGAUUCUUCAUACGAAAAGAUCCGUUUGGAGAGGUCUCGCGAUACCUGCACCGCUUGAAUAUAGGUGCGGAUAUUGAAAUGAGAGGGCCGCAAAUUGAGUGUGCAAUCCCCCAGGAGACAAAUGAUGUACUGUUCAUUGCUGGCGGAACGGGGAUUGCGCCGGCCUUGCAGGCAGGAUACUCUCUCCUGAGUCGCACAACUAGUGAACACCGACCGAGGAUACAUAUUUUAUGGGCCAGUCGAUUGAGAGAAGACUGUAUUGGUGGCGUGAGUGACACGCCCAAAGCUCCACUGCAUCGAUCCUGGUUCUCGGGGUGGUUUAGCUCUUCCGACUCUGCUUCCUCCAGCACGCAGGCGGUUCCGGCAGUUUCUCCGAAGCAGGCCACUUCUCUCAUUGUAAAGGAGCUAGAAGCGCUCAAAUCGCAAUACCCAGGGCAAAUUACGGUGGAUUACUACUUGGAUGAGCAGAACAGGUUCAUUGGAAAGCAGGAUAUCUCCAAGUUCAUCGAGUCCACGCGCCCUUCUGACGGUUCGCGCAAGAGCAAACUGAUAAUGGUAUCGGGCCCGGCAGGUUUCAUCAGCUACAUGGCCGGCCCGAAGUUAUGGGCGCAAGGGCGGGAGCUCCAAGGUCCCCUGAUGGGAGUCAUCAAGGAACUCGAUCUUAAGGACUGGGGCGUGUGGAAACUCUGA